AUGGCGGUCGCUUCAGGGGACUUUGCCUCUCAAAAAGCCUGCUUGUGGUGCUAUAUGAUGAAGCAAAAGGCACGCAGCUACGACCACAAAAAAUACAAAAAGCUGACAAAGCUGCCCCGGAAGCAUAAUAAAUCCUCAGAACUCCUACCCAAAGAUCUCAAACUUAAUCCCGCGGUCCCAGGCCCACGCUUCAUAUUCUCAACAGCCGAGGGUAAGAGACGCGCGUGGAAAAGCGAAGUCGAGCAGAGAGCCAAACAUUGCCGUAGAAAGGAGAUUAAAGCGCAUAGCUUCAAUUCUCUCUGCACCAUUCAGGAAGCAGAUGAAGAAGAAGAGGAUGAUGAUGAGAGCGCGACUGUGACCAACCUCUUUUACAACCUCCAUAUGUGUGCCCACGUAUACGAGAGUGCUCGUCCAACAGGCAGUGGCCCCCGCAACCAGGCUAUUCACAGAUUAGUCAAAAUUUGUGGCUUGGAGACUUUGGACCGGCCUAAUAUUGCCGAGUUGCAGUCCAAAGGCGAGAAUUUUGGCCGUCUUUGA